AGACCGGAUCGGAUCAGAUCGGAUCGGAUCGGAUCAGCGGUGCUCGUCCAGGAUGUGGACGUUCCUGGUGAUCCUGGUUCUGCUGGAUCACCACCAGGCUGCCCCAUUACCAGGACAACGUGGCGUCGCCAUGGCGAUCCUUCAGCGUCUUCUGGACCAAACAUCCCUCUCCUCCACCCCUGCUGUCCCUCAGCAGCCCUCCUCCUCCUCCUCCUCCUCCUCCUCCUCCUCCUCCUCCUCAUCGUCAGAGUCCAGUCAGAGGUCACAGGGUCCUCAGCCACUGAGAGAACCGGAGAACAUGGAUCUGGAGCACGUGGAGUCACAGGAGUCUCCUAGCAACAGCAGCUCUAUCCUGACCUCGCUGGAAGAGAGAGCGGGCGAGCAGGAUGAGGACAGCGUGGAGAGACACAGGGCUCUGCUGCUGAUGAACCACCACCACCCGAGUCAUGAACAUCGCCACAGUGAGCCGAGCCCGUACACAGAAGUGGGCGGGGGCAGUGAGGAAGUGGGCGGAGUCGACAGAGAAGGAGACGGGGCCAAAGAAGACAGACUUUCUCGACUGUCAGAUGACAGCAGGGAUGGAACAGACUGGCUGUCCUUUGACCUACUGGGACACGGUUACCACGGAAACGAGGCCGGGCUGGAGCUGCAGCUGUAGCUAGUGUCAACGCGUAUGAUGUAAUAAACACGUAUGAU